AGUGCCUGGUAGCGAUUUGGACGAGGGCGUAUGGACUUGAAGCAGCAGUGUAUGCAUUUCCCACAGACUGUGGUCGUACUUUUCUCCUGUCGGACGGAUUACCACUGAGUUGACACAUAGCCCAAAAGCCGCUUCGCAUUUUUUCCGCUGCAUUUCUCUAACUGAAGGCCUGUCACAGAGUAAAGUGGCUCGGUGUGCGUGUGUUUAGACAGCGGAGCGAGAGCAGCAGUGUGUCCCCGAUGGCUGGCUGGAAGGACGGCUCAGUGCAGGAGAAAUAUCGCCUGGUGGUCGUCGGAGGUGGUGGCGUCGGAAAAUCAGCGUUAACCAUCCAGUUUAUCCAGUCAUACUUCGUCACUGACUAUGACCCCACGAUUGAAGACUCGUACACAAAGCAGUGUGUGAUUGACGAGAGGCCUGCACGGCUGGAUAUCCUGGAUACAGCAGGACAGGAAGAGUUCGGAGCCAUGAGAGAACAAUACAUGAGGACAGGGGAGGGUUUCCUUCUGGUCUUCUCUGUCACCGACCGGGGAAGUUUUGAAGAGAUCUACAAGUUUCAACGGCAGAUCUUGAGAGUGAAGGACCGAGAUGAAUUUCCCAUGAUUCUAGUUGGUAACAAAGCUGAUCUUGAGCAACAGAGACAAGUGACCCAAGAGGAAGGACAGCAGCUCGCUCGACAACUCAAAGUCACAUACAUGGAGGCCUCAGCUAAAAUCCGGAUGAAUGUAGACCAGGCUUUCCACGAACUGGUCCGAGUCAUAAGGAAGUUCCAGGAGCAGGAGUGUCCACCUUCACCAGAGCCCACGCGCAAAGAAAAGGACAAGAGUGGCUGCCACUGCGUGAUCUUCUGAUUGGCCGCCAAGUGCCGCCAAUCACCCAGCUGCUGUCACCGGCCCCUCCCCCCACACACACCCUGCCUUCUGACAUCACGUCCUGUGCGGAUCAGUUCGCUGCCUUUCUACAUGUGCAUGUCUUCAAAUCAGCAGUCGCUCUCAUAGCCUUAUCAGGGGGCCUUUGUGCCUCCAGGACUUCACUACUAGAAGAACCAAACUGACAAAAUCUUGACAGAACUCACCAUUCUACCUUCAACUAGAGUACUGACAUCAGCGUGACCUAGAAUAUGGUAAUUGUGCCCCAACACUAAACAUCGCUUAUUACAAAAACACACACGCGCACACACACAAUUUCUUUUUUUUUUUGUAUUUCGAAGGAUUUUUGUUUCCUCUUGCCUUGUGACAUUUGUACUCUUGCUACGAUUUAAAGGAUUAAACGAAACACCGUUGGGAUUGCGAAUGACUACUUUUAGUCAUCGGUCUUUUAGAGAUGACGUUCUAAAGCUUUGUUUGUGUGUGUGUGUGUCGUGCCAUAUCUGUUUUUACUUGCAUAUGUUAAGCAGCGAUUGUACAUAAGUGAAAAUUUGUGUGAGUUGAGACCACCUUUAUAUUGUGUGCGCGCGAGUUUGACCAGCUUGUUUUGACAUGUGUUAAAAUGGUAAUGUAUACUCGCAGAAAUGUACAUAUAUAGAUAGCCUCUAACAUGAUGCCAACUUUGUCAGUA